AUGCAUUCACAGACCACGUCCCCGUUUUUCACACAGCUCCCGGCUGAGAUCAGAUCACAGAUCUACGCCGAGUAUCUAGAUGGCCUUCUACAAUCCGCCUCGGCCUCCGUGGGCCAAGACUCAUACGCCUAUGCCUUCCUAGUCCCGAGGCAGAAAUCAUCAGGCGUAGCAGGGACAGAGCUCAGCACGUCCCUCCUGUCGCCCUUCGCCGUGUCGUGUAAGCGCGUGCUCAGGGAGAUGCACCACAAGGAGGACCCAACCAACUUCGCCCUACUGUCUGCCAAGACGCCUCAGCCUGGUGCUGGAAUAAGCGACAUGGAAGCGCCAUCGGAAGAGUUCAUUGCCAACUGGAUCGGCCUUGCAUCAAAUGAAGAGAUCCGCUGGCAUCGCGUGCAGCGCAUCCGCUUCGUCAUCAAACGGGACGACGCCACGGCCGAAUGGCUCAAGUUCUUCAUCGGGGUGCUCAAGGCCGCCCCGAACCUGAAGGAGAUCGAGCUCGUAUGGGACAGCCCCAGACAGAAGAAGACGUGUGUCUUUGGGGAGUGCAACAGCGGCCGAGUCCUGCGGCAUAUCCAGAAGUGCUCUCCGGCACGAACCAUCCGGCUGCAGGGCAAUGUUCCAAACUCGUGGCUGGAGCGUAUCGGCGCUGUGCCUGGGAAGACAAUUGUUGUUGGAUGA